AUGGAGAUGCUGCGGGGUCUUUUGAGUGGCUCGCGAACCCCCGAAUUCAAAACUGCUGUUGCGAAGCAAAUUUUGAAAGCAACGAGCAGCAGCAGCAGCAGCAGCAGCAGCAGAACAACAGAGUUGCUGCACUCCAUUGUCCCCGCUUUAGUCCAAACCAUCCGCGCGCCUGACGCCACCAACUCGGGCAGCAACUUGUCUUUGCUACACUUGUGCACUGCCUCUUUGGUCAACUUGAGCGCCGGCGAUCCUCGAACGAAAGAAAUCCUUUUGGAGGGAGGAAUUCAUAAUGCAUGCGUGGCGCUUCUCAAGUGCAAGGAACAAACCAUUACUCUCUCAGUGGUGCUGCUGCUGCUGAACUUAACAAAGCUAGCAGCACACAGGCAGCAGUUCUUAGCAGCAGGAGGCCUCUACCCUAUAGUGGACCUGCUUAUGCACAACUACGCCUCGGACCUCGCAGAGCGGCGGCCGCUGCUGUCGGGCCUAAUGGGAGUUGUGGGGCAGCUAGCCAACGAUGAAACGGCCCACGCAGAAAUGAUUUUAUUUGCCAUUAAGCAGCUCUGUCGGGGCCGGUGGCAGCUGCAGCACCGGGUGUCUGUGCACCUCGUGAAGUCGCUUGCUGCUGCUCUUUUCGAAUUUGAUAAUGUUGAGUUUGUUGCUGCUGCUCUUUCGCUGCUGCAGACGCUGACGAACUACAAGCCGAACUGCUUCGACAUGAAGGCAGCAGGAAUCCAAGAGGCGCUGCUUUCUGUGCUGCGCCGCACCAAGUUGGACACGCUGUACCAUCGGGUCGCAAAUCUGCAGGAGCGCAUUAACGCCCAAACCAAAUACGACUACUUUUCUGUCUAG